AUACCUUUGCUUCUGUUCUUGCAGUUUGCACAGUCCCCGUAAGAGUUGGUUCUGGCUGCAGGGAUCUAAAGACUAGACAGCUAAUCUAAAUUAAACAUCCCAUUCCAGCCGUAGCCCGUGGAGAGUGACAGUCCCCUGGGGACAUGAUUCAUCCCAGUGGACUCAGAAUUUAUCGUCUGAAUGGGCUGGUUCACACUUAGGCAUGGCUCUCUCUCAGUUGACUACAGCCCAGUGAUUAUUAGAGAGCAGACAUUUAGCUUUUAGACUUAAUUUAGCCUGGUUGAAUUUAAUCUACCAGGUUUUUGUAACUUGUAGACAAAAGGGUAGCUGAUUAGAUCAACUGUCCAGCCAGUUCUUCAUUCUCUGGUUAGCCUCCGUGGAGUUUAUUAGCCCCGGGGUGAGUGAGCGGAAUGGGGUGGGGGAGGUCUGCGUUGCAGUCUGGGAACUCCUGUGUGCCUCCUGUGCACAACUUUUCAUGUACUGCAUUGCAUCCUGGGCAGUGCAUUCCCAACACAGCGUUUUAAAUGACGUAUUAAUGUCUGCCUGUAUUAUUUCUCCAAAAAUAGAUCCAUGGUGGUUUUGGGAAGCUAGAGUUAACUAAUCCCAAAAUACACAGCAUGUGGACAGUAUUGUCAUUCACAUAGCACCAGACUCCUGUGUGUGAAUGUUCCUUCCUAGAAGGAUUUAAAGGUUGGACUAGAUGAUCCCUGAGGUCCCUUCCAACCUGUGAUUCUGUGAUUUCCAGGGAAAUGCUAAAAGACCACAUGAGCUACUGCUCUUGUAGCCAGUGGUAUCUAAUGACAUGAGCUGUGCUAAGAUUCCUGCUGUGCUUCAUACAAACGCUGUUACCCUGUGACGUCAAAAAAGAUGGUGUUUUGGCUUCUCUGCCGGGUGUCAGUCUAGCAGAGCCUGUGGUCCCAAGAAAUGCUAAGGAGGAGCAUUAGCUAUGGUUCAGGGAUUAAUAAGUUUCUUGGCCAAGUCUGAUUACCCACCUGGGAUACUUGUAUUUCAUUAUAACUGGCACCAAGAAGCGUGUUUGAUUUGGAACAAAUUUCAUGCAGGAGCAAGUUUCAGCAUCUGCAUUUCCACUGUGAGUACAAUGAGGGACAAAACAGGUUAGAGCCUGCUUGGCUGAGGGUGGGGACCUCUCGGUAGGGAAUUCAGCACAUGAAUCAGCUCUUCUCCUUCCCUUUCCUUGUAACUGAUCUUCCUCCCCUUUCAAAAGGGAUACUCUAGGCACCAAGUAUCAGGUGUGUGACUGAGGAAGCCAAGUGAGGGAGCUGGGGAAAGCCGGCUCCUCCCCCAGCGUGGGAGGCUGUACCUGGUGAUUAAUUCCUGAGUGCGGGAGUGGAACUCAUGCUGAAUCCUGAAGGAACCUGUUGGAAGGAGCUCAGGAGUGCAAGAGGGCCUAAAGACUUGGGGUCAGACGGAGGACUAAUCCAGCUGGAGAGGCACUUCUAAGCAUCAACAGCUCCGGUCAUGUUCAAUUACCUAGCAGUAGAGGUGAGACCCCAGAUCCAUCGCAGCUAUGGGGGCCAGCAAGGGGUGUCUGGGCCACUGAAGAGCCGCCUAGAGCAGCUGAAGAAGCCAUGGUGGAGGGAGCCUACCCCACUGGUGCUCCAGCACAGUGAAACAGCCAGGCUUGCCGUAGACGCCUUUCUUGAGCAGGGGGAACAUGGCUACCUGAGUGCAAUUGCUGAGGAACGGGAGCUGCCUUUUCUUUCCACCCUGGACAAGGAAUAUAUGAGCCAUCAAAGAAACCAAAUCUUUCCAGAUCCCAGUGCAAUGAAAGACAAAGACGCUGAGCCUGGCGACGCAGACCUUGGAGACAGGUCCUCCCUCAACUCUGAACUAACGUCUGGCACCUACUUCCCACUCAUGUCUGAUGUGCACCCUCCAGUACUGGAGCUAGGGUGGCCAGGGACACCACUCCUCACGGUGUCUGGCCAGACUCAGGCCACUGUGAUUUUCCAAAGAAACAAAGCUAACAGCAUUAAGGAUUUGCUCCGGUCUCUGAUCAGCCGGGCACGGACGGUGAUAGCAAUUGUGAUGGAUCUGUUUACAGACAUGGAGAUACUGUGUGACCUGCUGGAGGCCUCAAGCAGACGGCGUGUCCCUGUUUACCUGAUCCUGGAUGAAGAUUACUUGAAGCAUUUUGUGGAAAUGUGCAAUAAAAUGAAUCUUACUCAGGACGACUUCCCAAACAUGUGCAUAAGAUGUCUGAGUGGAGACACAUACUACAGCAAAGCAGGCAAGAAAUUUGCAGGCCAGGUUCUGGAGAAGUUUAUCCUGAUUGAUUGUGACCAAGUUCUUGCUGGUACAUACAGUUUCACCUGGCUUUGCAGCCAAGUCCACACCAGCCUGGUGACCCACUUCUGUGGUCAAAUUGUUGCAGAGUUUGACAAGGAAUUCCGGUACUUAUAUGCAGAGUCCAGAGCAGUGACCAGUUUCCUUGUGCCAGAUCCUGGAAUGUGCCCCUCUUCUCAGAAUAUCUCAAAAGUUGCCAACUCCCUUUUAAAACCCACUCAGGUGAAUGAUGCUGAAACCUUGAGCCUCUCCAGCAGCCUUUCCAAUGUAAGCAUCAGAAGCAUAAAAAUAUCUCCCUUUCUGAAAAACUCCAGCUGCAAUGUACACCAGGAGAAGCAAGAUUCAAGCUCUGAUUCUGGUAAUAAGAAGGGGAAGGAAGACACACCUCUGAAGCCCGCUUGCCCUAAGCAGCAAGGAGAAUCACCAGACUCACAGAACAGUCCUCCAGAUAAAUCCACCCCAGCCUUGUAUCACAAAUCAAAUCUCAUUACAGCAAGGACAUUCUUGCAGCCAGAGCCUUCCCCUGCCCUAACCUCCAAUAAACCUAGUUAUCAAGGGGACAACAAGGCUAACAACAGCCACUGCUCCCCAGUAAGACAGGAACAGACAUUGCAAUCCCUUUCAGAGGGUGCCAGUAGCAAUGGGACAAACAUGAAACAGAAAGGGCCUGCUGCUACCUCCAGGGAACUGGCAGCAGAAAAUGACAGCACUUUUUAUUGUAUGGAGAAACGACGAAGUCCCAAACAAGGAAAAUUGGACCUGCUAUCCCCAUAUAACCAGCUACAACAAAAUAAAAAGCCUGUAGUUCCUUGCUAUGAUAAACUCACUGAGGACAUGCUGAUGGAAAAGAACAGUGCAUAUGGGGCUGAGAAGAGAAUGACUCUUGGGCACAGUAAGCUGGAUCUGAUCACCAAGUACAACAAGUUAAAAUCUAAACAUAUACACAGUCGGUUUGAACUCUGACCUGGGCCUUGAGGUGUCCUUUGGUCUUAUUUUCAAAGGGUUGCUUUUCCCCACAGAUCAUCAUACCUGGGGCUUGAAAUCAAAGUACAGAUGGCAAAUUAGUCUUGUUCCUAUUAAAAGGUGUCUGUGCUCUUUCUAAUAUAUGCAGAUGACUGAUUCAGAUGAGAUUAGCAAGUAAAGUUCAAAUUUUCAAUUACAAGAUUGUGGCCGGAGAGAGAAAAUGACAUAAACAUAAUCCACAUCUCUAUGUUCUUUUUUUACCCAUUUGGGAAAGAACCAUUUCCCCCAAAACUUACAGCAAAACCAUUGCUACAGCUGGAAACUGUUUGGCCACUGAAGUCUUCAGGGUGAACCCAAGUUCUCCUUGUACUAAGUGAUUCCUCUCCCUGUACCCAUGUGCUGAAAAAGAAAUGGUCAAAGGCAGGGUAAUGUUAAAAAUAAAUGAGCCGUUCUGC